AUGAUGUUACCCCGCACAGGAUCCAGCUCGUUUAAAGCUACGACACGUCUCUCUCAACUCUCAUCGACCUUUCGUGCAUUCUCAACAUCCACUGCCAUGUCCGACAUUACCCUGUAUAGCUGGCCCACGCCAAACGGCAUCAAAGCUUCCAUCACUCUCGAAGAGCUGGGCCUAUCAUACAAGACCGUGCCAAUUGAUAUCAGCACCAACAUUCAAAAAGAGGACUGGUUCCUGAAGAUUAAUCCCAAUGGCCGAAUCCCUGCCAUUACCGAUAAAUCACAGCGCGUCUUUGAAAGCGGCUCGGUCAUGCUCUACCUAGUUGACAAGUAUGAUACCGAUCGGAAGAUCAGCUACGCGCCUGGAACACCCGAAUACAUCGAGCAGCUAUCCUGGCUGAUGUUCCAGAUGGGCGGACUUGGACCUAUGCAAGGCCAAGCAAACCACUUCCGUCUCUUUGCCGGCGCGCGUUCCGACUACGGAAUCAAGCGGUAUAUAGACGAGACAAAGCGUCUGUACGCCGUUCUCGAGUCCCGGUUGCAGGAGAGUCGCUAUUUGGCUGGUGAUAAGUAUACCAUUGCGGAUAUUGCGAAUUUCUCCUGGGUUCGUAGUGGACCUGGUGCGCUUGAGAUUGAUCUUGCGGAGUUCCCUGCUUUGAAGAAAUGGGUUGAUGAGAUCGAAAAGAGAGGUGCUGUGCAGAAGGGAGCUUAUAUUCCUGACAGUGGACGUACGGAUGCGGAGAGAAAUGAGAGUUUCAAGAAUUCUCGGGCAAGGAUUGAUGCCAUGGAGAAUUCUGAUAAGCAUUGA